GCUAGGCGUCGUAACGCAUACAGUCCAGACCCAAGUGUUUUCGCCGCUUGAUUUAUGUGGACAUCGCAUUUAAGAUGCCAGGAAUUUUGCGGAAGAAAAGAGAGUCGAUUGAAGAUGGCCUACGAAGCGGAAAGCCUUCAUCUUCAAGAACCAAAGAAAAUAUCGACAGAAUCCGGGAUCUUGUGCGUUCAAAUCGUAGGUUGAUAGUCAGAAUGAUCAGGGAAGAGUUAAAUUUGACUCUCACCAUCGUUCGUCAGAUCAAGGAAGGAAGUUAUUUUGUGGGUGACAAUAUAAAAUUGUAAUUAUAUUUGAACAAAAGAAUUAAAACAAUCAGUUUCAUCACAUGAUUUACAGACCUCGUA